AGGCGGGCGGUGCGCUUCAGCACCGGGCGGGAGGAGAUGGCGGUGCGGAGGCAGCUGCGGCGAUUCUUCGAGGAGCCGCAGAUCCGCGGCACGAUCGUGGUGGAGCGGCCGCUCUCCUCCGAGCCUCCUCCGGCUCCUCCUCCUGCUUCAGAGGUGCCGCGGUGCUACGAGCUGCGAGCGGAGGACUGCGCCGUGUUCCAGUGCCGCGGGUGCUGGGCGGUGCUGGGUGACUCGCUGCAUCUGUGCGCGCUGGAGGAGCAGCGCCUCGGCCUCGUCGUCUGCCUCAGAGUCACCGGCAACGUGCUGUGCGAGGAGGAACUGAUGGUCGGCCUGGAGGGAGCCCUGACUGGAUGUGCUUACAACACGUUGUCUUGUCAGUCGUGUGGCUCAGUUGUGGGCUUUGUUCUCUAUUCUGCCUUCAGAGACCUGGCCCAUCUCCGAGGCUUCUUCUGUUUCUUCAAGAACAGCAUCUUCUGUUAUCUUUUAAAAAGCAAAAUGAUAAUAGAAGCUUCUAAGGUGAAAUUUCCUGCUGUGACCCUAAAGGAUCAAAUAGAGAAACUGAAAGAAAGCCUUGUGAUGGCACACAUGCGCGUCGAAUUGCUGAUGAAGAAGGUGGAGCAACUGAAACAAAAUAAUGUGGCAGAAAACAGAGCUCUGCAUCACAUGAAAUUGUCCUAGUGCCAGGAUACGCAACAGUUGAUACCAAGAAGUAGCAUGCCCUUUUGAAGUACUACUGGAGUCGUUUCUGCAGCUCUGCUGAGUUUCAUCACCUAAUGUGAACGAUUUACUCGUGCAUCACAUAAUUCUCUAAGACUGAACUUUGGUUGUGAUUCUCCAUAAUGACUUCAAUUGGGUAGAACACUUUUUGCAACAAUAAAAUCAGGCCUACAGAACCAUACAAGACAAACAAUAAUUGAGAGGAAGUGUUGUAAUUUAAAGGUUCUUAAGGAGUUCUGAAGUUUUUGUUCUAUCUUUUCAUAUCUAUAGAAUAUUCAUGGCAGCUGUUUGGUUCAUUAGCUACAUCUGGUAUGUGAGGCUUCUGAAUAGCCUCUCAAUGAACGCUUUGAAAGAAUUUGCUUGUAUAUGUGGCCUGCAAAAGAAGCAAGUUAGCUUUCCCAGAAGCUGCACAGUUGUGCUUGGUGACUCUGUAUGGUGUAAAGCUAACUGGAGCAUGAGGUUAUAGAUUUCAAAUCAAGGUACAAUGCUUAUUUCUGCCAAAGUCAUCUGGAAAUGCAGUCACAUGGCUGCACGGAUCAAGUUCUGUCUGCUCCAUGAAUCUUACGCUGUGAGCAGCUGCCUUCAAUAAAUUUGAGCCUUUUUUUAUUAAGACUUCUGGAUUGUCUCAGUCUGUUCUGAUCAAGUAAUAAUAUAGCCUUGUUAAGAGCUGUUCUGCUGGGAAGGAAGCAGAUCUCUAUUAAAUCCCUCAACUAUGAGCUACAGAAAUGGUUAUUAUCCAUGUUUUACAACCUGUUUAAGUGCACAAAUGCAGUACUUUUCAAUGACAGCUAAAUUUGGGCUAUCAAAACACCUGAAGAAAGUGUUACUCACUCUUAAGAUCUGCUUCACUGCCUAUAAUAAACGUUUUUUUUAGUGUGCGCUCUAGCCUGAACCCUUAACUGGUGAGUUGUUGUUCUCAACAGCUGUCACUUUAUACUCAUGUAAAGUUUGGAGUUAUAUUUGACUGCUUCAUUAUUAAAAACAAAUAAUUUUUUAAAAUAGUUUGUUACUUAAACUACAUUUAAAGAACUGCUGCUCUUUGACUGGAGUUCUGUCACUAAACACACCUUGUGCAAACACCCUUCCCAUCUCAGGCGUUUUCCAUUAUGUAACUUCACCUUUGCAUUACUUCUAAGUGGCAGGUAUUUCUUGUUGCAUCAGUCUCAGAAACAUGAUUGAUAAUGGGACUACUCACUUUUGGCCUUCUAUUUUUUCUUUUUGCGUUGACUUUUUUCUGGUCAUAAAGCUUUACAUUUGUACUACGUAUAACAUAAAUAGUAUUAAGUUCUCUUGCUUCAUUUAGCUAAGAAUCCAUCCCUAAGAGAAAAAAAAAAAUAGCAGCUGCUGGUUACAUUUUUGUAUGUUAUCUUUACAGUGUAUCUUUUUAAAUAAAACUGAUGAGAUUCACAAA